AUGACAAACCUGAACUUUCUCUUAUUCUGUGCAAGAGCAAAAGCAAUUAUUUCUCGAAUUCAUAAACCUGCAUUUGUGCGCAGUUUUAAUCACCCAGUGCGUGUCCUCUCCAAUCCCAACACUGAUAUUUACUCGUGUAACAGAAUCAUCAGCGGCCUGCUAAAAUCCGGGUCUUUAGAUUCUGCAUUGAAACUGUUCGAUGAAAUGCCUGAACGAGAUGUUAUUACUUGGAACAUCAUGAUUUCAGGGCAUUAUCGCCUUGGCUUACUAACAGAGUCCUUGAGUUUGUACAAUCAGAUGGUUCUCGAUUGUUGUGUCGAGAGCUCAUCGACGUUUUCGACUGUUCUCAGCAUCUGCAGCUCGAAAGGGUUGUUUAGAGAAGGAUGUGAGGUUCACUGCAGAGCUGUUGUUUUGGGGUUUAGCACAAAUGUGUAUGUUGGCUCGGCCCUCGUCGAUCUCUAUCUGCGAAUGGGCUGCACCGGCGUUGCUCUGAGAUUGUUUGGUAAAUUGCAAGAGAGAAAUUUGGCUACAUGGAACGUUGCUCUGCGUGGAAUGUGUGAAACGGGGGGAGUGAAUGAGCUGUUUAGAAUGUAUGAUGAGAUGAGGUUGGAAGGUGUGGAGCCUAAUGGGGUUACGUAUUGUUAUCUGAUUCGGGGCUGUGGCUACGAGAGGUGUUUAGAAGGGGGAAUGCAGCUGCACUGCUGUGUGAUCAAGGGAGGAUUGGUUGAUUCAGAUUUGUUCGUGGCGAAUGCUUUGGUGGAUUUUUACUCCGCUUGUGGGAGUUUGGUAGAGACGAGGAAGGUGUUUGAGGCUAUCCCGCCUUCAGAUGUAAUUUCUUGGAACUCGUUGGUGUCUGUUUGUGCAGCGAGUGGGUGUAUACGUGACGGCCUUGAAGCAUUCAGGGAAAUGCGUUUGUGGGAUAAGAAGCCCUCGGCUUGUUCGUUCUUGGGGUUCUUGAAAGUGUCUAGUGCGGCUAGGGAUUUGGUGUUUGGGCAACAAACUCAUUGCUCUGUUCUCAAGGCAGGGCUCGACUCUGUUCUUGUGCAGUCCGCGUUGAUUGACAUGUACGGGAAAUGUGGGGAGAUUGGGGAUGCGGUUGGCAUAUUUGACGGGGUUCUUGAGAGGAAUGUCGAGUGUUGCAACUCUCUCAUGACAUCUUUGCUGAAGUCUGAGCUCUUGGAGGAUGUUGUUGAUUUGUUUGGUGUGAUGGUUGAUGAGGGGAUAGGGUUUGAUGAAGUGAGUCUCUCUUCGGCUUUGAAAGCCCUAGCCGGCUCAUCUGGCUGCACGGUGCUGCAUUGCUGCGCUGUGAAGUCGGGCUUUGAGUCCGAUGCUGCAGUAGCGUGUGCUCUGAUUGAUGCAUACUCUAGAGCCGGGGAGGUCGGAUUGUCCUGCCGUGUUUUCAAUCUGCUUCCGUCCCCGAAUGUGAUAUGUUUCACUUCGGUUAUCAGUGCCCUAGCGCGAAACGGGAAGGGAAAAGAGUGCCUUGAAAUGCUCGAUUUGAUGAUCCGGAAAGGCCUGAAGCCCGACAAGGUGACAUUCCUGAGUGCCCUAAUGGGCUGCAGCCACUCGGGGCUCGUUGAAGAGGGGAGAACGGUUUUCCACUCAAUGGAGACGAUUCACGGCCUAGAGCCGGAGAGGCAACAUUACUCGUGUAUGGUCGAUCUUCUCGGCCGGGCAGGGCUACUAGAAGAAGCAACAGAGAUGAUGAAAGACACUCCAUGGGAGGAUGAUUUUGUGAUUUGGAGCUCUGUUCUGAGGAGCUGCAGAAAUCAUCGGGAAGAACAACUCGGGAGUCGAGCUGCCAAGAAGCUGAUAGAUCUGCAACCGGAGAACCCUUCGAGCUGGCUGCAGGCGUCGUACUUCUACUCGGAUAUCGGAGAUUUCGAGCGAACGAAAGAGUACAGAGAGAUCGCGACUGCGAGGAAGGUGAGACGAGAGAUAGGUCGGAGCAUGAUUGAAAUUAAGAGUUGAUGCCAUGAAUGAGUAGAAAUUGGAGAAACUUAAGUU